CACAGGGCAUAGGAAAUAGGAACCAACAAUGGCUCUGCCAAUGCUUCUGCUAUUGUUGGCUUCAUCUUUCUCCUUCAUUCCUUCUUCCCAAUCAUCUGCCCUCACCUUCGACUACUAUGCCAAGACAUGCCCCAAAUUUGAACAGAUUCUCACGGGGAUUGUCCGGGAGAAGCAACAAGAAUUCCCCACCACCGCCGCCGCCACCCUCAACCUCUUCUACCACGACUGCGCCGUGGGCGGUUGCGACGCCUCCGUGCUCAUCAAGUCCACCGCGUUUAACAAGGCGGAGAUGGAGAGUGACGACAACCGGUCCCUCGGCGGGGACGGGUUCGACGUCAUCCAGCGCGUCAAGCUCGCCCUGGAACUCGAGUGCCCCGACACCGUCUCAUGCGCCGACAUCCUCGCCGUGGCGACCCGCAACCUCGUCACCCAGGUCGGCGGCCCGCACUAUAAUGUCCUGCUGGGGCGAAAAGACGGCACCCAAUCCAAAGCCGCUAGCGUGGCAGGUCAUUUCCCACGCGCCAACUCCACCGUUGACCAGAUUAUCAAGAUUUUCAAAUCCCAGGGAUUCACUGUCCCGGAAAUGGUGGUCCUCACCGGCGGCGGCCACACCAUCGGUUUCGCCCACUGCAAAGAGUUCGCCGACCGGAUUUUCGGGCCCCACCCGGAUCCCACCAUGAACCCCUCCUUGGCCGGCGGCCUGAGAACACUGUGCGCUGCCUACAAGAACAAUACGGCCAUGGCGGCCUUCCUCGACCCCAUAACUCCGACAACCUUCGACAACACGUACUUCAAGAACUUGCAGAACGGUUUAGGAAUUCUGGGGUCCGACCAGAUCUUGACGAGAGAUCCCAGAACAAAGCCUUUCGUGGAAAAGUACGCUAAGGACGCCGCCGUCUUCGCCAAGGAUUUCAGUUACGCCAUUGAAAAGCUGAGUGUUCUUCAGGUCAAGACCGGAGACGAGGGAGAGGUGAGGAAAAGAUGUGAUCUUCCAAAUUAACAAUCCAUGAAGAGAUCGAGUUUACAACUUUAAUUAACUAAUCUGCUUAAAUUUCUUGAAUUCCUUAUAGUGUCUGUCUGUUUGUACUAUACGUAGUGUGUGUGUGUAUAUAUAUACUGUGGUUACUGCAUGCAUGUGGUAAAAAACCCAGAUUUGUUAUGCAAAUAUGAUGAAUACGUUUCAUGAUGACUUUAAUGGUCAGUUUGGUUCAUGA